GGAAGGGAAACAACUCUUUCCACACUGCCACAAAGUGCAAAAUUACCACCAUGUGGGGCGAUCAAGCAGAUUUUCCACCUGAUUAUUACCCAGCUUAUCCUGCUGCAGGUGAUGGCUAUGAAAUGCACACAGGGGAUCCUCGACAGGACAUCGAGUUUGAGCGCCAGUAUCAGCAGUCGACAUACAUUGUCCCAGACAUCAUCAAAAGUUUCCUUACCUACUUCCAGAAAAGCAUCACCGAGCAGAAUGUAUACGAAAUACAAAAUGCAUAUGAAAAUGGAUUCAACAAAUUGACAGAAAGAUUUUUCAAGACCUCUGCAUGGCCAGAGGCAGAAGUAGUUGCCCCGAUUGUACAGAAUGAUCCUUUGUUUCUGAUUCUAUACAAGGAACUUUUCUACAGGCACAUUUAUGCCAGAGUGCAGAAUGGUCCGACACUGGAGCAGAGAUUUGAAUCUUAUUACAAUUAUUGUAAUCUCUUCAACUAUAUACUAAAUGCAGAUGGCCCCGUUCAUCUAGAAUUGCCCAAUCAGUGGCUGUGGGACAUCAUUGAUGAAUUUAUUUAUCAGUUCCAGUGCUUCAGCAUUUACAGAUGUAAAGUGAACAAGAAGUCUGAUGAUGAGAUCAGUUUCCUGAGAGCUAACCCCAAGAUCUGGAACGUCCAUAGUGUCCUGAAUGUGCUGCAUUCUCUGGUCGACAAAUCCAACAUCAACAAACAGCUGGAGGUGUACUCAAUGGGAGGUGACCCUGACAGUGUUGCUGGGGAGUUUGGACAACACAGUCUGUAUAAGAUGCUGGGAUACUUUAGUCUGGUGGGACUUCUCCGUCUCCACUCUCUACUGGGGGAUUACUUCCAGGCGCUCCGGAUCCUAGAGUGCAUCGACUUCAACAAGAAGAGCAUGUAUUCACGGGUGCCUGCGUGCCAGAUCACCACGUUUUAUUACGUGGGAUUUGCCUACCUGAUGAUGAGGAGAUACCAGGACGCUAUCAGAACAUUCUCCAAUGUUUUGCUGUACAUACAGAGAACAAAACAGAUGUUCCAGGCUCGGGUUCAAAUGUAUGACCAGAUUACCAAAAUGAAUGACAAGAUGUACACCUUGCUGGCGAUUUGUCUGGUGCUGCAUCCGAUGAGAAUCGACGAGAGUGUGCACUCCCAGCUCCGAGAGAAAUUCCAAGACAAGAUGCUCAGAAUGCAGAAGGGAGACAUCGAGGAGUUUCAGAAUAACUUCUCUUUUGCCUGUCCAAAGUUCUUGUCUCCUGUUCCACCUAACUACGAUGCUGUGGCUGCUAUAAAUCAUAAGGAACCAUUCCUGCUGCAGCUGAAGGUGUUUAUAGAGGAGGUGACCCAACAGAUUGUGUUACCCACCAUCAGAAGCUACCUGAAGCUGUACACUACACUCCCCCUGUCAAAGCUAGCAAUCUUCAUGGACAUGAGUGAAGAUGAGCUGAAAACACACCUGAUGUGCUUCAAGCAUAAAAUGAAGAACGUGGUGUGGACAAAGGGGACCAGUGGUCUUGAGGGAGAGUUCCAGUCGGCAUCAGAAGUGGACUUCUACAUUGACAAGGAAAUGAUACACAUUGCCGAUACAAAAGUUGCGAGGAGAUAUGGAGAUUUUUUCAUCAGACAAAUACACAAGUUUGAGGAGAUUACAAGGAAUCUUAAAGUGGCCGCUCCAGGAGGGAAGUCUACCUAGACCUUGGGCAGCUGAGAGGCUGAAAUAGCAACAGAAAUCAGAAGAAGACUUUUUUGGGACACUCAACAGCCAUCAUUGCUGUUAAAUGUCAAUGUAAAAAUAAAUUAUUGUACUGUGUAUUUUAUCAUAAGUUUGAAAGCCUGCUACCUGUGUAUAUAGACUUGUGGACAUUUUGACUACCUGAUGGUGUUUUAGUGACAACUGUUACGAUAAAUUAGUGUAUGUA